UGAGGCAACUAUCUCCAUCUGCAGAAAAUACACAUGACACACAUAAUCGCAGAGCAAGGCUGAAUGUACAGGCAGGCUAUGCACUGGUGUUAAAUGUCGGGGAAGUGAAACUGACCAGAAAAUACCCACAAUAGCGUUCCUUGACAAUCUGUCUCCCAUUCACAGUUACAUUUGUUCAGCUCUAAACACAUGCAAGUGAUGAAUUACAGGUGACAUCAUCAACCUCAUCAACCUUAUUUGGAGGUGGCCCUCAAGGAAUAGGGUUGCCUGCCUCAUUUGAUUUCUUUUCCCCCCUGUCUCAUUUCCUACCGUAACACUUGAUUGCUGACUUUGUAGGUGACCUUUAAGAAAAAAAAUAUAUAUAUAUUAUAAUAUUUGUUUAUUUUUUGGGGUCGGAAAUGUGGACUUUUUGUCUUCUCUGCGUCUGUUUACCAUGGUCUUCGUGCGGUGACGCAGAAACAGCUGCUAACGUUGCGGCUGAAGGCAGAGCGGCGCUACAGAGGGUUCGGAACCUUGCGGCCCAACCGCGCUAUGGUGAAUGUUGGUCUAACGCGCUGGAGAAUAUCGACGCGCGUUGCAGAGACUUCACAGUUGAUAUACAGAGUGGGAUUGCCCUACGUUUUACUCACUGUCACCUGCGCAAAUCUGGCCGUACAUUCCCGGCAUGUCCAGAGGGCAGCGAGGUCAGCAGCUGUACUAGAACCAUGGACCCUGUGGCAUUCAACGCCUACACGGAAUUCUUCACCCACGCCCACAGCAUCUGUCGACACCUGCAGAGUGAGAGCUGGCAACACCAGGCUGAGAACACCAUCCACAGGUGCAGUGGUAUGUGCGGUACACCUGACUACAGGUGCAGUGGUAUGUGCAGUACACCUGACUACAGGCUAACAGAGAGCUCAGCAGGGGUGGUGGAGCGAUUGUCCUCAACCCAGCGUAUGGCUGAGAGCCUAGUGGAGGCCCAGAACGUCGCCCUCAAGUCACAGGAGACGAUCCUACGCAACGGAGAGGAACUCAAACACACUCUCCACCAUUCUACCCAAGGCAUCAGAGCAGUAUUUGAUGAGAUGAGACUGUCAACCCAGGAGCAACAAGUAGCAUUCUCAGAGAUCUUCAACCGUGUCACUUUCCUCCAGAGUUUCAUCAUGUCAGAGUCUCACACCCUCACCAGUCUACUCUACAACUCACUGGGGUUCCUCGUCUCCUUCUUCCUCACCUCGACACAGCGGACUGCUCCAGCCAGGUUUGUUCUGUUUGGUCUGGUAGUGCUGAAUGUGUACCUGGAGAGGAUGCUCUGUAGAGCGGUGCUGGACUCCUCUGAACCAGGCUACCAGCAGAUGGAGCAAAUCAGCCUGUUGGUGGGCCUCCUCAGAAGGGCCAUGGUUCUAGUGGGUCUAUUGGCUCUGGUCUACGUUGCUGUACGGUAUCGUAAUGUCACCAAAGAGAGCCUGGAGAUCCUCACCCAACUCAAAGAGACUCGUACAAGUCUUCAGCUGGCCCUGCAGAAAGCAGAGUGUCUCUCUGAGGCGGUGGACAGGAGGAGCAGCGGAGCAAGAGGUCGAAGGUCAGAACACCGACCCAGUAGUAGGAAGGAGAAUAAGGAAGAAAACGACAGCACUUCAGAUUUCACAUCGGAGAAACCCUACGUGACUCAAACCUAUGAUGGCUGGCAGUACGACAGCAGUCACAGCAGUCACAGCAGUCACAGCACCCUUGGAGGAGAGGAGACCCAGACCCAACGUACCCUGCCCGGCCCUGCAAGACCUCAGCGUCGCUCCUCUGUCUCUAGACGUGCCCCGUCCUCCCCUUUGGUCUACAGUAUACUGGUGGAGGAUAAGCAGACACGCUACAAUCUGAGGAACCGGAGAUCUUCUGUGUCAGGCCUGGGGACAGACAGAGGGACUGACAUGGGCCUGGGGACAGACAGAGAGGAACUGACAUGGGCCUGGGGACAGACAGAGAGAGGAACUGACAUGGGCCUGGGGACAGACAGAGGGACAGACUGAUUUAGAUUAAAGUGUACCCAAACGCUCUUCGGCCUUGGCUAAAGGA